AAAAAAAGUAUGCGACGGUCAUGUUAAAAAUUUAUUUAUUUAUUCUUUCCAAAAACCAUAGUUUUUGUGUGGGUGAGUUUUCUGAGUAUUUGCAUGUUGACGUAUAUGCUUCUUUGGCAACACUGGCUGUGGUUAAUGAUAAAAUACUAAUUUGAAUAGUUUUAUAUCUUAAAGAGAACUGUUUUGUAUUAUCACUGGUACAAUGCGUUGGUUUACAUCCUAUAUAUUUAUUUUCUACGCAAUUGCCAAUUUUUCCCCUGUAUUAAGUAAUACCAAUAAAGUCAAAGUUAAAUACAUAAAAAGUGAUGAAGUGUCUAAAAGUGAUUAUUACCUUACCUAUAAUAAUACAGUUUAUGGUUGUAAGCGUGAAAAUUUAGUUUGCGUUAAAAAAUGUUGCCCUUUGGAGGAGUAUUAUGAGGAACAUGGGGAUUGUGUUAACAGAGUUGAAUAUAACAUAAGUGAAUUUAGAGUAUACUCUACCCCUAUAGGGGAGAAUGUGCAUACAAAAGAUUUUCAAGUUAUUUUUCCUAACGACGAUUUUAUCAAGACUUUGGAGGUUAAUAUUACCCUACAAUCAAAAGGGUAUAUUUUAUUAGUUUCUGAUGAAUAUUGCAUUGAAGAUUAUACGCCAAAUAAUUUUAGGCUAGAUUAUAGCUUAAGCCAGGAUAAUGAAAGGGGAAUAAAAUGUGUGGGACUCAUUAUAUCCAUUCCAUUCCUGUUUUUGACAUUAGUAGCGCACUUUUUGAUUCAAGACAGAAAUCUUCAUAUGAAUGCUUUGAUGUGCUAUGUUUUCAACUUAAUGAUGUCUUACAUUUUACUGUUAAUUGUUCAAGUUAUAGAAGUUACACCAUCUUGGUUGUGCGCCUUGAUAGGACACGCUCUAUUGUACUUCUUUAUAUCUUCGAUGUUUUGGAUGAAUGUUAUAUGCUUUGACAUAUACCUAACAUUUAGUGGCCGAAGGGGUUUCAACGGAAUGAGGUAUAAGAAUAGCAAAAGAUUUAUCGCCUAUAGCGCGUAUGCGAUUUUGGCGCCCUCUGUAUUAAUUUUAAUUGUAUUUGUUAUAAAUACAAUUGUUGAUCCAGAAAAAUCAUACUACCCAGGAAUUGGCGGGUACUAUUGUUUUCUUCAAAAGGGACUGCCCUAUUUACUAUACUUGCAUGGACCCAUGGCUAUACUGCUAAUUAUGAACACAACGUUUUUUGUUGUAACAGCCUUUAAAAUAAGGAAAGUAAAACAGGAAACCACCAUGUUAAAGAAAGGUGAUAAUACGUUGACUUCUGAUACUAAAAUGAUUCAUCUGUACAUGAAGCUAAUCCUUGCCAUGGGUUUAAACUGGAUAUUGGAAACCUUAGCAUGGGCACUUAAGGAAUACACAACCCUCCCGACAGAAAUUUAUGUGGUCACAGACUUCUGCAAUGCAAUUUACGGAUUGUUCAUUUUCGUUAUUUUUGUCGUCCUAAACAAAAAUUCCAGAAAAAUGCUAAAACAAAGAUGGAAAUCAUUCACCGACAAUAUGAGUACAACACAAGAAACAAGAGUCACAAGUAUAUCACGGACCAAUGGAGAGCUUUGUCCUCUUACGUGUCCUGAAUAGGAAACACCACAAUUUCCAAACUUUACGCACACCUGUAAGAAGAAGUUCAAUGGUCAUCAGAGUCCCUUUUUUUGUAUCACACCUUAAAAUGAAAUAAAACUCGAAACUAUACAAAAAAGUGUAUUCUUAAACCAAAAAAUCACAAUAAAUACUAAUAAUUAAAUCAUCAAUGAGAGUAGGUGUAUGCUUGUCCAUUUCCAGUUCCAGCCUUCAACUGCUGUUCGAAAUUCGAUUUGUUUUGUUGGUAGACGUCGUGAACGUUCCCUUGACCACCUGGCAAAUCAGCCUUGCCUUGCUUGUCAACAAUUAUCCCCACUGGAUAAUCAAAACUGUAGAAGAAACCUUUCGGUGGUCCGGUAGGUUCAUCAUUUUGCUCCGCCCUGUAGCUUCCAUCAUCCUCACCAUCGUUUUGCUGAUUUUGCUGGGCGUAGACAUUUUUGUUCUGCGAAUCUUGACCACUGUACUCAUCCCGAUCACCUACAGAGUUGUUUGUGGCUUCCAGAGGUUGAACCGGAAGAGCGUGGUGGUAUUGAGUCGAUUGUUGAGAGGCACUUGCUUGGUACUGAGUUGCUUGAGGCUUUUGAGCCCCUGGGGCUUGCUGGUAUUGAGUGUUUACUUGGGAUUGACUUCCUUGGUAUUGGGGCUGCUGAUACGAGACUUGGUUUUGUUGAUAUUGGCCUUGAGGUUGUUGAUAUUGACCUGGUUGUUGAUAUUGACCUUGGUUCUGUUGGUAUUGGCCUUGAGGCUGUUGAUAUUGAGUUUGAGGUUGUUGAUAUUGUCCUUGGCUCUGUUGGUAUUGGCCUUGAGGUUGUUGAUAUUGUGGCUGUUGGGCAAAUUGUUGAGCCCGUUCAGCUUGCCCUUGAGCCGAGAGUGGACCACUUUUGUAGUUACCGUGACUGUCGUAGGGGCUUCUAUGGGAAAAACAAAAUUAGUACAAACUCCUUAACCCAAAAACACUUAGACAUACUCUAUGGGUUUGGAGUUUCUUUCGGCUUGCUCUUUCCACAACCUCAAAUGUUCAUCUUUCGCGGCCUUAACGGCUGGUAGAUCGUCGAUUUGCUUGGGCAAAAUUUUGGGCACGUUAUCGAUUUGGUGGAAACCUGUACCAUCGUCCCAAUAUUCAACCUAUGUAAAUAGAUUUUAGACGAUGUGAAAUUUCCAAUAAAAACACAUAGGGUAAAGUAUCCAAUAACUAUGUGGUUUAUCCUACCUUAAUCUCUUGUCCAUUUCCUGCAAUAUAGUUGUAUGCCCCUCUUAAAUCUCCUCCAGCCUUCUUCCGUUCAGUUUUGGAGAUAUCGGGUACGUUGUACCCGUAGAGGUACCCUCCUAAGCCGUCUUGACCAUGAUACUGUUUGGCCAGGUAAAUGUCCUCCAAGACAUGAUGAGGUUCAUUACCCAAAAACCUUAUAGCAGGAACGCUGGAUUCAACUUUUGGAGCGUAAUUCAAACUAGUGUCUUGUUGGUCUAUAAUUUGCUGGGCUUCUGGAGGGUCCAGGUUCUGAAGUCUUAUUUCGGCAGCAUAUGUGUAGGAGAGGCACAAAAGUGCAGUCUACAAAUACAUGUCGUUAUAAAUAAACAUUACUAAAAUCAGCCACAGUUUAAGUCAAGAUUUUUGAUUUAUAAAUGAUGACUAAUACUAUUGUGUAAAAUUGAAUAAAUUGUUCAUUUGUAUAUUUAUAUGAAUG